UGCCGUCGAUAACGACGGCGCAACUCCAAGGAAGGCAUCUCAACUCUCACAAGACAAGCGGCGGCGGUCGGGUGGCACCAGCAGCCGAGACGAAGCCAGGAUGAGCCCGCGACGCGUCUCAGUAGUCGAUGGCAGCGACACGAUGAGCCCUCCAAACGACUCGAGCGCGAACCAGAAGCGGAAGAGCGACGAUGGGGCGCCGCAACCACGGGCGAAGCGCAACCGCUACAUCAGUAUAGCAUGCAACGAGUGCAAGCGUCGCAAGAUCAAAUGCAACGGGCAGACGCCGUGUCAAAGAUGCGGCAACCUCAAUCUCGAGUGCCUGUAUGCGCCCAACUGCUGCAACAACUUCAAGGAGAGCGACGAGUUCAAGCAGAUGACAGCGCAUAUCUCGAGCCUGCAACAGCAGGUAGACGACCUCUUCCACAAUCUGAGCAGUCUGCGCACGCAGGUCGAUGUGCACAGCAAUGGCUCCAUCGGCACGCCGUUCACUCAGCAGGAUUACCCGCCUAUGCUCCCUCCACCAUCUGCACGCUCGAGAACGAAGUCGUUCAGCAAACAUCCCCGCUUCCAUGGCCCGACAGCGAAUGCAUUCAAUCUGGGAGUGGCACGGUCAAGCCUCAAGACAAUGGGCAUCACCGCGGCCGAGGAAGGGGAAGACGAGGGCGUGGUGACUAACAACCCCACACCGCGAGGAUCGCCACCUUUCACAGGGCAAUUCAUGCCGAAGGCGCCACUGCAUGCAGAUAAGGAUCCGAUAUGGUCCAUCUCCAAGCAGGAAGCGCUCAGGCUGGUGCACGUCUGGCAUGAAGAGCAGGGGAUCAUGUACCCCAUCUUGGACAUGGACAAAGUGCUGCGCUACACCCAGAUGCUAUUCUCGUUUGUCGAAGCGGCUGCGCAGUCUGGCUUGAUGCAGGGCGCUAUGCCGGGUGCGGACUCUAUCAUGGACGACCAGACCAGCGUGUUGAAGUUGGUGCUUGCAAUUACGCUGGUCAUGGAAGGAGGAGGGAAAGACCCACUGGGGGAGAAGCUGUUCGAGAACGUGCAGAAAGUCAUCGAAAGAAUACUGUCUGAGCCUGUGAGCUUACAAAGUAUCAGUCUCUUGACCUUGACCGGCAUGUACCACUUCACCCGCGACGACGAAGGCCUCGCCUGGCGCAUGAUCGGCCUUGCAGCACGACACUGUCUCGAACUCGGUCUGCACCGCCGCGAAACCUACCCCACCCUGUUUCCCGAUCCCGACGAGCAAGCCUCCGCUAUCCGCAUCUUCUGGUCCGUCUACGUGCUCGACCGGCGCUGGAGUCUAGGCACCGGUAUGCCCUUCGCCCUGCAAGACGCGGACAUGGACCACAACCUGCCGAAGCCUGAUGUUUCAACACACACAUCCACACCCUACCUCAACGCCAUGAUAUCCUACUCCGCCAUCGGCAGCAAAGUCUGGAAAUCCGUCGCCUCGACCUCCGACACCUCCUCGCCCUCCGACGUCAAGAUCUCUAAAGAAGACAUAUCAUUCCUGGACUUCCAGGUGCUCAAUUGGCACCGCUCAAUACCAGAACCGCUCAAGUUCAAGCAUCCAGACAGCCAAUCACACACCCACCCAACCGAGCCUCCACCGCGAGCCCUGCACCGGCUGCAAAUCCUCCUCUACCUACGGGCUAAUCAGAUGCGGAUAUUGAUAUACAGACCGGUCCUCCACACCGCGACGACGAUCAUGAGCUAUCUCGACUUCGCCCACACCGUAGUAAAAGUCGCAAAAGACACAAUCCGGAUCCUGACCUACAUCAACCAAACAUCUGACAUCUAUCGGUGCCAACAAACAAUGUUCAACUACUUCCUAAUCUCCGCCCUCGCUGUGCUGUUCCUGGCUGUUGCGCAUGCACCGGCUGAGUUCUCGGGGCAGUGUAGGGAUGAGUUUUAUAUGGCGCUGGAUCUUGUGCGCGGGUUGAGUGGCGAGAAUCAUGUGAGUAAGAGGUUGUGGCGCACGGUGAGGGCGCUGAAGGAGGUCGGCCCGAGACUGGGGUUGGUGAGCAGUGAGCAGUUGCCGAACGAUGAGCAUUCGAAUGCGGCGGUGGCCAUGGCGGGCUUAGCAGGCCAUCCCGUCGACGAAAUCGCCUUGUACAAUCGCGGCAAUCCAGCGCAGAAUGGAGCUGUGCACACGCUGGAUACGCCGCACGGGAUGGCGUUAGAUCUCACCACGCUGUUCGAGGCCGCGGGUGGGACAUUCAACCUCAAUGGCUUCGAGGGUAUGGGCGGGAUGCAGAACGGUGAUCAGGGGCCGUAUGGGAACGGGACGCCUGCGUAUGGGCAGGAGAACGAUGAGUUGGCGCGGAUUAUGAAGGAUUUGUUUUGAUAGCUGUGAGCGUUACACACCCGCUUUGUCGUUCGCUUGGGACAUAAAUGGAUAUGAGCGACGUUAAACGUUCAGCAGUGAAUUGAUAUUACUUCUUCGUGAAGAAGCC